AUGCCACUCCUCGACAUGAUUGGUGUGGACGCUUACCAACGCUCCUUUUGUAUCGCCUUUGCCUUCCUUAGCGGCGAGGCCGAAGAAGACUUCAUUUGGGCAUUGGAUCGGCUACGCUCCAUACCCGCGUUCGUGCGCCGCGAGGGUGACGAGCAAAGCAUUGAGAGACGGACGGAAUUUUUCGGGUACUGGUUUGCAAUCGUCAAUUCCAUAGACGAAGAAGCGUACAACCGACAGCUUGACGAGCUUGAAAGACGCUAUGUGCCAGAGUACGUUGACGAGGUUAGCUACAUCAAGCAGACCUGGCUUGACUUGUACAAGGAGAAGCUCGUGAAGGCAUGGGUUGACCAGCACGCUCAUUUUGGCAACAACGUCACUUCUCGGGUUCAAGGCAUCCACGCACUCUUGAAGGGCCAUCUCAAGAGCUCACAACAAGACCUUUUUACGGCAUGGAAUAGGAUCAAGCAGGCACUGCUGAACCAGCUCGCCGAACUUCGAGCUAACCAGUUCUGUCAGCAAAUACGGACGCCACUUGACUUAUCUGGACCACUCUUUGGCGCCAUACGUGGAUGGGUCUCUCACGAGGCGCUGCGCAAGAUCAGCGUCAGCACACGCGUCUACUCGGCGCGAGCCUAG